GUGACGUCACGUGCUAUAUCUACUCCAUCUUAGGUAUAUUGUUGUUAAACAAAAACAAAAUGACAACAGGUAGCCCAGAACAUCCGCCUUUUGUUGUCCCUCGCAAAUGUUGACCAGUGGUUUAACUAAGGUACAAACACCAAGAAAUGUUUACCUUGCCCUAGGGUAGUAUGACGUCAGUCUAGUGGGCCAUGGCGAAAUGUCUAUGUUUAUGGAGCUCCUAUCUCCAUUUAUCCCCACUACUGAUUAGCAGCCAGACAUGAAAGUAACGUAGGUGUGUUGUAAAAUUUGAAUGCAGUUACGUCAUAAAGUAAGAAUUAGAAAAAAAAUCGAACCGUUUUUUUGACAACCAUGGCUAUGGCGUAUAAUGCCCUGGCUAUCCCCAACAAAGAUACCGCGUUGGUUCCGCACGACAUGUCGGGGGUUCGAACCUCCAACCAGGAUGAGUUCGUUCUGGAACAGGUUCUAGGGUUGACCAGUAACUCCUGCCACGCCCUGAGCUACAACCCUUCAACCGGGUUCGUGGGGUUCCCCGCCGCGUGUAUACUCGUGCUCCUCGACACGAAGACCAACAAACAAAAGUUCAUCGAGAGCCCGUCGCUGAGGUACAUCUCCUGCGUGGCUUUCUCGGAAGACGGUCGCUUUCUGGCGUUUGGAGAACUCGGUCUUAAGCCGUACGUAUCCGUCUGGCACGCUAAAGAACAUAAAGAAUAUAACAAAUUUAUCAUCGACCACUCCGUCGGGAUCAAAGCCAUCGCUUUUCAUCCAAAAUCCUCGUUUGUUGUCGUGUUAGGGACCAACGAUUUAAACAUAGGGGUGUGGGAUUUCGUUCGGGGCAGACGUCUAGCCUUAUCGAAAUGGCAGACGGCGCCUUUAGCCUUGACCAUCCCAAAACCCGGGUCGUAUCUUGUCGUCUGCGGGCACAGAAAAGUGACGUUGUUCAACUUUGACAGCAUCCAGUCCAACAGCUACGAGACGAACGUGUUCCAGGACAGGAAGGCGGUGCUGCUGGGGCGCCAGAGUGAGUACACGUUUGUCGACAUCACGAGCGGGAAGGGCAAGCACGAGCGGGAGGUGUACACGGUGACCAACUGCGGGUUCCUGUGCGAGAUCAAGAUGGGGGACAUUAUCAUCGACAAGGCGACGAAAGUCGACACGAAAGCCUACUGCGUCAGGUACAACCUGGAGCGCGUCUUCGUCGGCUGCUGCGAGGGGAUAGUUAAAAUCUGCAACCCCGACACGCUCAGCGUGGAGGCGGCGGUGUCCAUUCGGGAACUUCUCGGGGCGGAGAUGGUACCCAAGUUUGGGUCGAAACUUUACGCCGACACCACCGCCAUGGCCAUCAACGAGAAGGAUUCCAUCGUGACGUGUAUAUACGCCGACUGUAGUAUGCAUUCCUGGCAGAUCAGCGGGUUCAAAGACUCUCUAGUCUGCACGGCGAUCCGGCCGCAGUAUCAAUACAACCAAGGCGACGUCAGGUACGAGUCGACAAUCGGCGAUCAAAUCUACAACAACUCCAAACUACGGUCUUUCCUCGGUUGCUGCGAUAAAACAAAACGUCCCAAAAUCGUCGAGCCUUCGGGGUUCGGGGAUAAAGUCAAGGCAAGCAGCCAUGGAAUCAGGCAUUUCUUUAAAAGCAGUAAAAUAGCCCGGAACCUUCACAUCAACGCCGUCAAGAUCACCCCAGACGGGAAAGAUGUCGUCUGCGGCAACCAAGACGGGGAAAUCAAAGUCUACGACGCGUCGACGGGCGUGCUGCGGCGUGUGAUUGAAGCUCACAGCUCCACCGUGACCUGCAUAGAGCUCAUGUACGACGAGGAGUAUCAGCUCGUCUGCAGCGGUGGGCGGGACAGGAUCAUCUUCGUGCUCAACGCCAAGGAAGACUUUAGUUUAGUCCAAGUCCUGUGCGACCAUUCGGCGGCCAUCACGGCGCUCAGUCUUGUCCACAACGGCGGGCUUUUGACCAUGGUUUCAGCGGCCGCGGAUAACGUGAUCCUCGUUCGGCGGGCGAUACCGGGCAACAACCUCAAAUUCACGAUCACCGGGGAGAUUGCCGAGGCGAGGUUCAACAAGUCGUUCAAUAUUAGCAGCGAGUACAUCGUAACUGGGGCGGGCAAUGGCGGCAUCAAGGUGUGGAAGGCGGACCCGGUCUUCAGCGGGAAGCCCACCAAGACGAUUCAAUGCACGCAGAAAUGUGGCGGAGGGAACCGGGCCAUCGGUAUUGAUCCGUCCGGCAGUUUCCUGGCCAUCACCCAAGCCCCUGGCCACAUCACGGUGUACCAUCUGCAGACUGGCCAGCCGGUGGCCUCGCUCAGCAGCCAGAGUGACGUCACGGCGGUCAAGUUCACGAGCGACUUGAUGUACAUAGUCAGCUCGACCUCAGACGGGUGCGCGCUGGUCUGGCGUCUCCCGGAGCGGAUGACGGAGUUCAUGAAACUCAAGGUCGAGAAGACGUACCAGAUCGAGAUGGCGCGGGAGAUCUCGUACGAGACGUACGUCUCCUGUCUGCGCGUGUGUCAGGAGAUGGACGACGAGAGCCCCAGCCAGACCGGGUACCUGACCGAGUCGUACCGCGAGGUCGGCAUGACCCCCAGCAUCGAGUCGAUGAACCUGCUCCAACUGGGCUCCGGCUACCCCAACCAUAACGAGCACGAGAGCCUGUGCGGCACCGAGAGCUACCUGAGCUGUAGCACCUGCCAGGGCUCCUGCUCCGACACGGCUUACUACUACCCCAGCACCGACUCCAGCCUGCACAUGCAGUCGGCGCCAUUCCACUUCCACGACGCCACCAAGAAGAUAAUAGAAGAGAGUAAAUGUACGCGUCUGGGCAUGUUUAAGUACACCACCAACGAUGACAGCGACCAGCCGCCGAUGUUAAAUUGUAAAAACGACUCGGCUAUUUCUGCGGAGCUACAGGAGAACACGCAGAUCGAGUCACUGGACAAACCCACUUUAUUAAACCACUCCAAAAACCACCGGGAAGUGACCAACAGCAGAGAAAGCGAAGGCCGGAGCUUCGACACGCUGACCCACAUUACAGAUCUACUCGACCCACUUCUGUCUCACAUUGACGGCGCCCCAGACCGGUUUAACAAACUGAAAGACCACCAGCCGGUUCCCAAAUCGGAUGCUUCACCGGUGCGGGUGUCCUUCGGCAGCCCGGAAGCUGUUCUGAACAUGUUCUCGUACUCAUCCGCCUUCUCUGAAGGGACCUACAGCACAGCCAACUCCAUGUUUACUAUGCUGAGCAGUGAAACCUCACCGGUCAGGGAGAGCAGGUACUUCUACAGUCCUGUUCAGGAGUCAAGUGUAGAAGUUUCGCCACCUCACACCACCAAGUACAACACCUACACUAUUGGCGAGUCGCCAGAAAAAUCCGCACAAAACGAGCAGACGUUUCUGACUCCAAAUCCAAUAGACAGUGUUCCAACAAAACUUCACGAAGACGAGAAGAAAAACCAGGAACCCGUAGAGGACGAAACAUCGUGUAAUUUUAGAAGCAUACAACAAGCAUACGAGAGUGAGCUCAAAUGUCUAGAUGAUGAUAAAUCAGACAUGAGUAUCAAGGUCGACUCUCAGCAGUUUGAAGGUCAACCGCCAAAUGAUACUGCAGAGGUUAAACUGUCGAGAAAAAUCGAAUCUUCAACAGGGGAAAAGAAGCAAGCGCAGACUAACUGUAUUAAGUUAGGCGUUAAAGAAGCCGGUACAAAUGAACAUUUGAAACAUGAAUCCCAUUUGAACAAAGAAACAAAAGAACUGCUACACCCAGCUGCGAAAUCAUCUAAUGAAGGAGGGCAGUACUUGAAUAGCAGCGACAACAAAACAGAGUUAGGAAAACAGAAUAAGUUAAGGCCUGCGAUUCUAGUACCGGAUGGAGCAAAUCAAACUGCAGAUAGUCUAAAGAACGACGCCUAUUCACAAAAGAGUAAACUAUUUAAAGACGCCAACUCAGUUUUUGGAUAUGAUUACGUCAAACGUGACGAGGAGGGGAGAGCGAGGUGGGGGAAUACCGCGAAAGACAAGAACUCCUCCCCCAAGGGUCAGACCUCACCCAGGAGGAUGACGUCCGAGACAGACCACUGCCACGAAGCCGAGUUCGACAGCAAGAACCACCACUGGACCAUCACCUGCUCGAGGUGCUCCAGCCGGGCUAGCCACACCAGCACCUCGGGGAGGUCGUCGAUGUCGCAGGACGUGCAGGUGUCCGAGACUUGGGACAGCUGUAAACAGCGUCUGAUUGGCCGAGCCGAGGAGGUGGACAAGGACCCGUCACCUCGCCGGGGUCAAGGGUCAAACGUCGCGGAGAAGAAGCGAAUGCUGCUGGGGUUGAAAGAGGAGAAGGUGGAAACCGAAGACGAGAAGUUGAAAGUGUACUACAGCGAGCUGAGGCAGUGCCUGAGGCUAUCCAACUCCCAGGAGACGUUCUACCGGCUGAAGUGGGACGCCAACGACCAGGAGUUAAUGGAACUUUUAGCGGAAGCCUUGGAGAGCAGGCCUACCCAGGUUGCAGAGUGGUUCGAUUACCAGAAGGAGGCAUGCGAGAACGAGGCUCGUGUUCAGCCCGGGGCGUCGCCCGUUGAAACGACGCCGGAGAAAAAAAUUAUUCCGACGUCGGAAAUCAAAACAGAGCUUUUGGAGAAGGUGAAAAAUCAGGGAGAGGUAAAAAAUACCGUUAAUUUUAAAGAGACUUCGUCGUGUAGUAGCCCCGACGUCAGUGAAGACAGCCCGAAGGACAUUUUAGCCAUCGUCCAGCGCAUCCUAGCCGCACGGAAGACCGACAUGGACAAAAUGUCGAAAAACAACAGCGAACAAGGCGCCACGGAACCUGCGACGAAAGUCACGAAAAAAUACGGAACUAGAAUCUCCUCCAGCAGAAAGGAAGAGAAUCAAAAAUUCGUUCACAGCGAGGAUAACUCUGAACCGACUAGUUCCAGUGCCUACGACGUCCCAACUUCCCCAGAUAAAUCCUUCACACGGAAAUAUUUAGAGUCCCGGAUGAACAACAGAACGGCGGUGGCAAACGAUCCGAGCGACGCCGUACAGGAGGCAGAGCGGAGAAAACCCGCCCCCUCCGUGGCUGAGCCCGAGAAACCCGCUGAGUUCUUGAGCUCAGCCUCGUCCAGUUCCAAGGAUAGCAAGAAUCGGGCGCGUCCAAUAGGUGUGCACGUGCCGGAACCUGCAGCCGCACCCCCCAAGCCCUCCCAGGAGCCUCCUCUUGAAGCAAGUUCUUGCCAGGACCGGAAGUACACCACGCCCGCCAUAGCGGAACUCUUCCGUGACCAGGACGACUAUCUCCGGAAGUUGAAGGAGGUGCGGGAAAAAUUUGAGGAGAGUAUUCAAGCCUUGAGUAACGAGAGAAAAUUCCGCAAGUCCAAUCAAGAUGGCGGCUUCGCAAGUAAACCGUAAAAAUGUAUGAAUUGUCUGUAGGGAACAAAUAGCGAAUUUAUUUUUACACACAAAAAAAGGGAAUAAAGUUUAAUUGGUGCUAUUUAAUAUGUGUAUUUGAUAAGGCAGUGAUGAUUUAGGGAGUGGUGAAAUUGAAAUUUAAGAAUAAGUUGUGUAAGAGCCAAAUGUGUAUUAAAAAAACCGAGUGUGUUGUGAAAAUAUUCAUAUUGUGACAACAGAAGGAAAAAUGUUGUAGUCAAGGGAGACAACUUUUAUAAACUAGGGUUAAAAAAAUUAUUUAAUGAUUACCUCCCUGGAGAUGUAUCAAAUGGGCACCAAUUCAUGUGAAUGCUACCUGUGUUUGUCCCUUGAGUUUUACUUUAGUUUUAACAAUGUUAAAACAUUUAAUGAAUCAAUCAAUGAAUAAAAUCAA